CUGCAUCAUGUGCGACCUCUCUUUCCCACUCCCAUUCCCACUCACACUCACACUCUCACUCUCACUCACACACUCUACCUGCUCGAUACCCAGCGCUCGUUGACCGACGCUUCGCACGGCUAGACGCCACCUUUACACACACACAAUCCCAUCAAUAUCAACAUGAUUGCACGCAGACAUCUUGCGCGCACAGCGCUCCCUGCCCGCCCACGGCCAAUUCCCCGCGCUCUCGUAACUCCUCUCGCCCUCCGCCACAACCCCACCCCAGUCCGAUCAUACGCCAACUACCCCGGCGGCCCACCCGGCGGUGGCUUUCCACCAUACGGCGGAGGCGGCGGCGGUGGUGGUGGAGGUGGUGGCAACUACCCACCCUUCGGCGGGCGACGGUUCCCCGGCCAGCCACAACAGCCACAACAGCAGGGCCCACAGAAGGGCGAGACGCUCAAGCAGUUCUCCGUCGACCUAACAGAGAUGGCCAAGGAGGGCAAGCUCGAUCCCAUCAUCGGGCGCGACGAAGAGAUCCGCCGCACCAUCCAGAUUCUUUCCCGCCGCACUAAAUCAAACCCAUGCCUCAUCGGCCUCCCCGGUGUCGGUAAGACGGCGAUCAUCGAGGGCCUUGCCCAACGCAUCGUAAACCGCGACGUGCCCGAGAGCAUGCAGGACAAGCGCCUGCUUGUCCUCGACCUGUCGCUUUUGCUCGCUGGCACGGGAGUGCGCGGCGAGUUCGAGAGCCGCUUCAAGCAGCUCCUCAAGGACAUUGACGAGGAGGCCGGUAAUGUCAUCGUUUUCAUCGACGAGAUCCACACCCUCCUCAACCUCGGCAAGGCCGAGGGCUCUAUGGACGCCGGCAACAUGAUCAAGCCCGCUCUUGCGCGCGGGUUGCAGCUCAUCGGCGCCACAACACUCGACGAGUACCGCAAGUACAUUGAGAAGGACCCAGCACUUCAGCGCCGCUUCCAGAGCAUCAUGGUUAAGGAGCCGACCGUCGCCGACACCAUUUCGAUUCUCCGCGGCCUCAAGAGCCGUUAUGAAGCCCACUUUGGUGUGCAGAUUGCCGACUCUGCGCUCGUCACAGCCGCAGUAUACUCUGACCGCUACAUUCCCGAUCGCUUCCUUCCCGACAAGGCGAUCGACCUCGUUGACGAGGCCUGCUCAACUCUCAAACUCACGCAGGAGAGCCGCCCACAGGCGCUCGAAGAUGUCGACCGCCGCAUCAUGACACUAGAGAUCGAGCGCGAGUCGCUCAAGAACGAGGAGGACGCAUUCUCGGUCCAGCGCCGCAACAAGGUCGACGCCGAGCUCGCCGAGAAGAAGGAGCAGCAGAAGCGCAUGAGCGAGGUCUGGGCCAAGGAGCGCGAGCGCAUCCAAGAGAUCAAGGGGAUCAAGGAGGAACUCGAGCGCGCCAAGAUUGCGCUCGAGAACGCGCAGCGCCAGGGCGACUUCGAGGCCGCCUCGCGUAUCCGCUUCUCUGAGAUUCCGCGCUUGCAGAAGCGCCUGCCUCAAGCCGAGGCCGAGCUGCAGGACCAGGACGCGGCCAACCCCGAGCUCGCCGUGCGCGACCGCGUCACGAGCGAGGACAUUGCCAUUGUUGUCGGGAAGGCCACCGGCAUCCCCGUUAGCAACCUGCUUAAGGGCGAGCGCGAGCGCCUCGUCGGCAUGGAGGACCAGCUCAAGAAGCGAGUCGUGGGCCAGGACGAGGCUGUCAAGGUCGUCGCCAACGCCAUCCGCCUCUCCCGCGCCGGGCUGCAGAGCCCCAACCGACCCCUGGCCAGCUUCCUCUUCCUCGGCCCUACGGGCGUGGGCAAGAGUGAACUGACCAAGGCUGUUGCCGAGUUCCUCUUCAACGACGAGCAGAAGGCGCUUAUCCAAAUCAACAUGUCCGAGUUCCACGACAAGCACACCGUUUCCCGCCUGAUCGGCGCCACCCCCGGCUUCGUCGGCUACGAGGAGGGUGGGCAGCUCACUGAGGCAGUCCGUCGCCGUCCAUACUCGGUCGUCGUGUUCGACGAGAUCGAGAAGGCCCACCCCGACGUGGCCAACAUCCUCCUCCAGAUCCUCGAGGAGGGUGUGCUCACCGAUGGCCAGGGCCGUCAAGUCAGCUUCAAGAACACGAUUAUCGCACUCACGUCCAACCUUGGUGCUGAGGCGCUAUACGAGCCCGGCGCAACCGAGCCCGACGGCACAGUGAGCGCAAGCGCGAAGAACGCGGUUCUGCGCGACGUCAACAAGUUCUUCCGUCCCGAACUCAUCAACCGUCUCGACGAGCUCGUCGUCUUCAACAAGCUCCCGCCCGGCAUGAUCCUCGACAUUGUCAACCUGCGCCUGGGCGAGGUCGCCGCCCGUCUUGCCGCGAAGCGCAUCACGCUCGACGUGACGGAGCCUGCGCGCGAGUGGCUCGCCAAGAAGGGUUACUCGGACCGCUACGGCGCGCGCGCAAUCACGCGCGUUGUGCGCGACAAGAUCUCGAACCCGCUCGCACUCAAGAUGCUCAACGGCGAGAUCAACGAUGGCGAGAUCGUCACCGUCCACCUCCGCAAGGACGCACUCGAGAUCACGUCCAAGCCCGACCCGAACCAGCCGGAGGGUAGCCGCAAGGACAGCGACGGCGAGAGCAUCCUCGAAGAACACGGCGAGCUGCCAUAAGCGCGCGGGAUAGUAAGCGGACGAAUUGUAGCAUCACUAGCAUUACCCAUCUGGGGUUGUACCCCGUCUCCGCACGGCUCAUAGUAAAUAUAAACAUUGCAAUAGGCAACAGAAUAGCAUCGGAUGGAUUGUGUCUCGGUUCUGUGUAUGUAGACUUUAUGUGUCAGA